CGCCACGGUAUCGCGCCGGCGACACCACGUCACACGGCCGGGGUGAACGUAAUCGGCCUGCAGAACUCGGGAGCAUCCGGCCACCGCGAUCUCCUUACGUGACACACACACACACGUCCCAGGAAGGCCUGCAUGCAGGUCCCAUAUACCGCCGCCCGACGACGUUCCUAUACAGCGCGCGAUGCUGCAUGUCGAAAGGGGCGGCGUUGCGGCAGCGCUGUUUCCAGGGGUCGAUUCCACCGGAACGCGCGAGAUCGACGGGCGCCCGGUUGGGGAAACGCCGAAGUUCGGAAGCACACAGAAGCCGCGAGCGCGUGGCAACGAGAAUCGGAGGAGCUCGACCGAGUUUGUGCCACGUCUCGUACACGUACCACUCGACUCUGCAAACGGGGCGUGGAAGUAUAGCUGAGGAAGCCAGCAAAGGAAUCGCAGAAGGCUGUACCGGCAUAGCUGCAAGUAUACUUGAGGAACUCGAUCCCUAGCUUCUGUGGAAAAGUAUAGUGGCCCACGCGACGCUGCAAAAAGAACCUAUACGAAACUUCAAGUCCUUCAGCACGACCAAACAAGCCGUAUAGGCUAUGAAGGCUUCGCCUAACCCUCCUCGCAGCAUCUCCACCGUUCGUUUUUAUUAAACAUCUCCGUACACAUCCUUCUGCGUACGUGACAUGUAGCCAACUCUGGAUUUGGAACUUUGGCCUUCGGGCACUUGGUGAACAGCUGGAGCGUGCUACAGUCAUACAACGUGGCGUCACGGCAAUCCAAGAAGCUUUUGUAAACCGUCGAACGGAGUAGCGCUGCAGCCAAUAAACACAUAUCCCCGUCGACAGAGAGAUCAAAAUGGCGCAAGCUGAGCUUCGAUGGCGUUGAACUGGCGCGGUGCAAGUGCAAAGGUUGGACAUGCCUUCGCCUGCGCACCCGGUGCAAUUUUCCUUGCUGGCCUUCCUGUCGGUGCUGGGCAGUGUGGUGAACCUGGCCACGGCUUGGGCCUUACUCCGAGACGCGAGACUGCGCGGUCGGGCGACCAGUUACUUCCUGGUCAACCUGUCCCUGGCAGACCUGGCGUUCAGUCUGUUCAACGGACCCCUGGAUUCGGCCGUCUUCUACUACGGCGGCUGGUCGCACGGUGACCGGCUCUGCGUCGCGGCCGCCCUGAUGCGCCACGUCGCCGUGGGCAGCUCGCUGGCCAGCAUCCAGCUCAUCACGCUCAACCGGUACACGAGCGUGGUGCGGCCGAGGUCCUACGCCCGCAUCUUCAGCCCCGGCAGCUGCCUCCUGCUGGCGGCCCUCUGCUGGGUCCUGCCGGCGGGGCUGCUGCUCCCCGCGGCGCUGUCGGUGCCCGGCGCCAGCCUGGGCUGGGACGAGCGGCUCGAGAGCUGCACGGUGAUGCCCAGCCUCGUGUACCGGCCCGUGCUCUACCUGGGGUCGGCGCUGCUGCCGCUGCUGCUGUUCGCCGCCUGCUACCCGCGGCUCUUCCUGGCGCUGCGCCACUCCCGCCGGAGGCUCACCUCGCACCUGGGGACGCUGCAGUCCAUAGCGCUGCAGCCUUCGACCAGCGCUCCAGACUUGAGCCGGGAGCCGAUGCAGCCGACGCGCUCGAACUCGAUCUGCGCCGGCCGUGGUCGCGAGCGUCAGCUGCUCGGGGUGCUGGGCGCCAUCCUGUGUUCCUUCUGCAUCUGCUACCUGCCGCUGCUGAUCAGCGUCGGACUCAACCAGACGCCGCCGCUCGUUGUGCACGGCCUGUUCUACGCGGCGCCCUGCAUCAACCCGCUCGUCUACGUGGCCAUGAGCCGGGACUACCGGCGGGCGUACGCGGCCCUGUUCUGUUGCGGUGGUGGUGAUGGUGGACAGUCCAACGAGGGUUGACCGGCGCCCUCCAGGCGUCGGCGGCGUGACAAAAGCGUCACGUGACUCGCUUUCUUCGGCGCAUACGAGCCGAUGGAACUUCUUUCCCGUUUCGAGCCGUGGCGUUGUUGUUGUUUUGGCAUUACUUGUGGUGGAAGAACUUGUCUGUACUCGUCGAUGUGAUGCCGCUGUGCGUUCCAUACUUCCUCAAACUGGCUGCCGGUGGCGGCGAAACGGUGCUUCCUUUUUUUUCCCCCCUCGUCUGUAUAUAGCGUGAAAGUGUGAGCAUCUUGUAGUUCAGGCUUUUAUAAAUGCAUUCCUUGGCGAGAA